CUCUGAACCCAGAGGCAGCCAUGGGGUCCUGCCAGUUGCUUGCUGGAGGACAGACUCACCCUGGUCUACUUACGGGGCUCCAGCCCCGGGGUGUGCACAGUAUGUGUCUCUUUCUUCAACUAUGCACCUUUUACAUCCCCCUUUCCUUUUUUGUUCUCUUUUACUUCAUAGCAUGCCUCUGUGCUGUCUCUGUGUUCCUUUCCCUCCUUCCUAUCAGAAAACAACAUGCUUUGGAGCCAAGUGGGAAAGGGCCUCGGUUGCCAGAGGUGUACUGUGUCAUCAGCCGUCUAGGCUGCUUCGGCUUGUUUUCCAAGGUCCUAGAUGAGGUGGAGCGCCGGCGUGGGAUCUCAGCUGCACUGGUCUACCCCUUUAUGAGAAGUCUCAUGGAAUCGCCCUUUCCAGCCCCAGGGAAAACCAUCAAAGUGAAGACAUUCCUGCCUGGUGCUGGCAAUGAG